AUGGCGUCCGCACUGUAUAAGUCCUACAGCGUUCGCGAUCAGACGGUGCUGAUCUCGGGGUGCCGCCUCAUCCUGGUCGCACGCCGCCUGGAGCGCCUUCAAGCCUUGAAAGACAAGCUGACUCAAGAAUACAAGGUGCCCAUCUACGUUGAGUCCUUGGAUGUACAGAGCAUCAAUGCCAUCACCUCCCUGCCAGAUCGGCUGCCGGAGGACUUCAAGGCAGUGGAUAUUCUGGUCAACAAUGCCGGCCUGGCUCUGGGCUCCAACGCCAUCCACGAAAACUUGCUGGAGGACGUCGCCACGAUGGUCAACACCAACAUUCUCUCCGUUCUUGCUUUCUGUAGAACCUUCAUCCCGGGCAUGGUGAAGCGUAAUCGCGGGCACGUGAUCAACAUGAGCAGCAUCGCCGGGCACGAGGCGUAUGUGGGCGGCAGCGGCUACUGCGCCACCAAGCACGCCGUCGACGCCAUGACCAAGGCCGCCCGCCACGACCUCAACGGCACUGACAUCCGCGUCACCUCCAUCAGCCCCGGCGCGGUGCGAACGGAGUUCAGCGUGGUGCGGACCAAGGGCGACCUGGCCGCCGAGGCCGCCGUCUACGCCGGCAUCGACCCCCUGCGCGCCGCCGACAUCGCCGACAACGUGCUCUACGCGGCGACGCGCCCGCCCCACGUCCAGGUGGCCGACAUCGUGGUGCUGGCCAGCUACCAGAGCUCGGCACGCAACCUGGCACGCGUGAAGCUGCCGGCAGCCCAAGAGGCAUGA